UCGCUCUCAUCCUGCUCCGUCCCCUCUGCUCGCAUCUCAUUUCAAAACAGACCUUCAGUGCCAUGGGCCUGCAGAAUGGAGUACGACAUCGACUUCUACAAACAUUUUGUGUGGCUUAGAAAGGUAAAUCUCCAUUCGACGGACACCCGUGAGUCCUACCAGGAGCGUCUCUCACGUCUGGAGGGAGACAAAGAGUCACUCAUUCUACAGGUGAGCGUGUUGACCGACCAGGUGGAAGCUCAGGGAGCCAAGAUCAGCGACCUGGAGAGUUCUGUGGUGGAGCACCGGCUGAAACUCAACUCCACCAAGGAAAUGCUGCAGCAGGAGCUGCUACAUAGAACGUCACUGGAGAAGCAGAAGCUGAGUCUGAUGGGGGAGGUGUCGUACCUGAAACUGAAGCUGGCUGAUAUGGAGGGAAAACAGGUCCAUAUGGCUGAGCGGCAGCACAAAGCAGAGGUUUUGAUAAAGGAGCUCCGGAUUCUGAAGGAGAAAGUGGACUAUCUGGAAGAUCAGAAGUUACAAUAUGAGAAAAAGCUCAAAGCAACCAGGGUGGAGCUCAGCAGUCUGCAGCAGCUGCUGCUCUGUAAGAACGCGGAGAUCGAAAGUUUGCACACUCGGCUGUUGGCCAGACCUCCGCUGGCCACCGAGAACAUCGAGCGAGAGGCAGAGCUGCAGAGGCUGAGGACCGGAAUAAAAGCGCUGGCAGCUGCGAACGACGAGAAGGACCGUCGGAUAGAAGAGCUCACGCUUCUCCUGAGUCAGUGCCGGCAGUUCAGAGAGCUCAGUCACGUGACUCGAGAGGCGCCCCCCGCUGAUCGCUCCUUGUCCUGCGGCCGGACAAACUCCAGCAGCAGCGAGGAGGAAGAGCAGAAUUCAAUGAAGAAUGGGGAUUCUGUCAGCGCAGAGGACGUCAAAUCAGAGGUUUCCUCACACAGCUCCUCGUCCCAACAGACUUCAACUCCAUCCAUCCAGAAGGACACGGACAGCAGGUCAGAGACGCAGGCCUUAUCAGGCAGCAUGAGCGAGUUGACCAGUGGACAGAAGCGUGACUCCGUGAGUCUGACACCGCCUGCGAACUCCUCCCUGACCGAGAGCAGCAGCGAACGAUCUCCAGAUGGCAGUGAGGACGGAGACUCCCAGCACACAAAGCUGGAGAAGGCUGGCGACAGCCCGAAGGUAAACACGCAGUCUGGACAGAGAGCCGUCGGAUCACCUGAGUACAUGAAGACCAACAGGAGUCUGAAAAGACUUUGGGGAAAACUUCGCAGGACUCAGUCUGGCGGUCUGCAGGCAGCAGAUCCAGAGGCAGGUCAGUUCAGAAGAGGAGGGCUUCGAGCGACAGCAGGACCUCGACUCACCCGCACGCCUGAGUCCUGCGCUGCACGCGAUCUGAAUAUUCCAUUCGGCCAGUGGACGAAGGAGCAAGUGUGCGGCUGGCUGGACGACUACGGACUAGGCCAGUACGUCAACCUGACUCGACAAUGGGUGGAAAACGGCCAGACUCUCCUGUCUGCAACGCCGCAGGACUUUGAGAAGGAGAUGGGCAUGAGGAACCCGCUGCACAGAAAGAAGCUCCAGCUGGCUAUGAGGGCGUUCGCCACUAAAGCUGCGGACAAGUCGCCUGAGCUGGACCACAUCUGGGUGACACGAUGGUUGGAUGACAUUGGUUUGCCUCAGUAUAAAGACCAAUUCCACGAAGCCCGAGUGGACGGGCGGAUGCUGCAAUACCUCACAGUGAACGACCUCCUGACUCUGAAAGUCACCAGUCAGCUCCAUCAUCUCAGUAUUAAAUGUGCCAUCCACGUUCUUCACGCCAACAAGUUCAACCCCAACUGUCUGAGACGGAGACCAGGAGAAGAGAAGCAGCCUCCUCCCUCAGAAGUGGUGCAGUGGUCCAACCACCGCGUGAUGGAGUGGCUGCGAGCAGUGGAUCUAGCGGAAUACGCUCCAAACCUGCGUGGCAGCGGGGUUCACGGUGGCCUCGUUAUUCUGGAGCCUCGAUUCAGCUCUGAGACAUUGGCCCUGUUGUUAAACAUCCCUCCACAGAAGACGUUACUCCGCCGCCAUCUGGCCACAGCGUUCGCCACUCUGGUGGGAGCUCAAGCCUCGCAGGAGAAGCGGGAAUACGGCAAUGCGACCGGCCACGUGCCGCUCACAACCACAGCUAAAGUGAAGCCGAAGAAACUGGGCUUCACCCAGUUCAGCCACCUCAGAAAGAGGAAGCCUGACGAGGCCUCGGAUUACAUCUGCCCGAUAGAGAGCGACAUCCUGACGGUCAACGGUGUUUCACGUCUGCCAUCUCCAGCCCUCAGAGGCCUCAGCCCACAGCUGGACAGACACACAGACCGACAGGAGCUGAGCGCCAAAGCACCUCUGACGAAUGGACACGACGUAUGAUUGAGACGCUAAACUUUGUGGGAUCGAUCCUUGUGCUUUCUUGUCCGGGCCUGUUGCAUUCCUUCACAGCUGGAUUCCAAAAGUGUCAUUCGAGCAACGUAUGAUGAACUGGCUUCUGCAUCACAGUCAGGUGUUCGUAUAUUGAUCGACUGGAUGAAGAUGCUCACGGGUCUGGAGGACUCGUCUAUGAUUUUGAGAUCGUAUGUGUCUCGGCUUCUUUAAAAAAAUUACGUUUGCCAGAAAUGUAUGCCUUUUUUGCCAUUUAGCAGUAACCACUUUAUGUCGAAUA